CGGACGGGGAGAGGGUGGGGGCGAUGGAGGGGCAGUGGCGCAGCAGGUGGGAGGAGGUGGAGGCGGCAGCGGAGGCGGACAGGAAGAGGCAGCACUGCACCAUCCAGCAGCUCAUGGAGACCGAGGCGGAGCGAGUGGUAGCAGCACGAGCCGCCCUGGACCGCUACGGCAUGGGCGUGGUGCAGCGCGGCACGCUGCGCUUCUCCCACCACCCCGACAUCCCCGACCGCGAUGCCUCUCUCCUGCUGCAGGCACUGCGCCGCUUCCGCCCCCAUCUGCUUCCCACCAUCACCGCGCUCUCCUUCAGCUGGGGCUCCCCCCCGGGCUGUAAGAACAUCACUGGGGAGGCGCUGGAGCACGCUGCCUGCCUGCCGUCGCUCAAGUCGUUGGAUCUCCGCUGCUGCGCCGGGCUGACCCCAGACGGGCUGCGCCACAUCAGCAAGCUGACUCAGCUGGAGCGGCUAGAGCUGUGCGACGUGCGCGGCGUGACGGACGCGGUGCUUGCACAUGUGGCGGAGAUGCGGGGCUUGCGGUUUUUGGAUGUGAGCGGGUGUGUGGGAGUGACGGAUGCAGGCAUGCUGCAUGUGGCGCGCAUGGUGGGGCUGCGGCAGCUGAGGAUGACUGGCUGUCCGCAGGUGACCAGCGCUGGGGUGAGCCUGCUGCCAGGCUGUGUGCAGGUCACACGGUGAAUGUGAGGGGCGCAUGGGAUGACAUCCAUGGGGGGUGGGUGGAUGGCGUGCAGGGCUUGCAGGAUGCUAAGUGGCACAGCCUACGAUGGUGUGGUGUCCAGGGUGCAAUGCAGUAGAUCAAGAGACCAUAUAGCUGCGGCUGUUAGCGGGUGUUCCCUCUUCUUGCUGUGAUUUCCAUAUACUUGGAGCUAGGCUUCUCUUUAUUGGUACUUUUUCUCGGUUCUGUUUAUCUUUGUUUGCUGUUCUUUGGCCUUCAAAAAAAGAGAAGUGCAGUA